GCUGAUUCCGGGCGUGUGCUACCAAUACUUCUGGCUAGUUAUAAUCAUAUCAUAUCGGCAUUGGCUAGCAGUUUUUCUUUAGAUAGAGUAUUUCCAAUUCAGUUGUGUUGGGUGAAGACUAGUGCUGACACCAUAAAUUGUGUUGAAAGGAUACGUUCGUUUAAAUAGAAGUAGAGAUCCGGAGAAGUUUUUCUGUCAACGUCUUGUGCUCUUCUCGUUGUUUAUCGAUAAUAGUUUUUAGUUAUUGAAUUGAAAAGGAGGAAAAUGUCCAGUCAGAUUCCAAACGCCCCUCCCGAUGAUAGACCGAAAGAGGUUUUGGCAGACCUAGAGUAUGGUCGGUUGACCUCCAAAGAGUAUUUGCAUGUUUCCAAACAUCCAGUGGGAGAACCAUUGCCGGUGCCCAUUGAUGACGAGCCUCCAUAUAGUAUAUACAUUGCCACUUAUAUCAGUUAUCUUAUUUUGAUUAUCAUUGGGCACAUUCGAGACAUCACCGGGAAGAUCUUCAAGCCUAAGGAAUACGAGUAUUUAGUGGAAAAGGAUGGAUUUGCACCAUGGUAUGAUGGGUUUGAAAGUUUUUAUGUGCGUAGAUUGAAAUUGAGAAUUGAUGAUUGUUUUGCUAGACCAAUCCACGGUGCUCCAGGUCGUUAUAUCCAAUGUUUUGAUCGGGAACGCACCAAUCAUGAUGCCAACUAUACUUAUUCUGGUGGUUCUACCGAGUGUUUAAAUUUAUCUUCGUACAACUAUUUGGGUUUUGCUCAAUCCCAUGGGGUUUGUACCGAUUUUUCUUUAGAUAUUACUGAAAAUUACGGUACUUCUGCUUGUUCUGCUCGUAAUUACGUUGGGACUACGGAUUUGCAUAAAAAAUGUGAAGCCGUCACCGCGGAUUUUGUUGGUAAAGAAGACGCUAUCAUUGUUUCUCAAGGUUAUGGUACUAACGCUAGUUUGUUUUCUUCUUUGGUUGAUUCAAAAUGUUUGGUUAUUUCUGAUGAAUUGAAUCACGCUUCGAUUCGUUAUGGGAUUCGUCUUUCUGGUGCCAUUGUUCGAGUUUUCAAACAUAACGAUAUCAAGGCUUUGGAAAAAUUAAUUAGAGAUCAAAUCGCUCAGGGCCAACCAAAAACUCAUCGUCCUUGGAAAAAAAUCAUUAUUGCAGUCGAAGGUUUAUACUCAAUGGAAGGUAACAUGUGUAAUUUACCAGAACUCGUGGAUUUAAAAGAUAAGUAUAAAUGCUUCUUAUUCGUUGAUGAAGCCCAUUCUAUUGGUGCUUUAGGUCCCAACGGUCGUGGUAUUUGUGAUUAUUUCUCCGUUGAUCCAAAUCGGGUGGACUUAUUAAUGGGUACCUUCACUAAAUCUUUUGGUGCUACCGGUGGUUAUAUAGCGGCUGAUAAACAUAUUAUCGAUCGUCUAAGAUUAAAUUAUCUUACUAAUUCUUAUAGUGAAUCGGUUCCUCCUCCAGUUUUGGGUCAAAUCAUUUCUUCUUUAAAUGUUAUUAGUGGUAAAAUAAGCCCUGGUGAAGGUAAAGAAAGAUUAGAAAGAAUCGCUUUCAAUUCUCGUUAUUUGAGAUUAGGUUUAAAACGUUUGGGUUUCAUCGUUUACGGUGCUGAUGAUUCUCCAGUGGUUCCUCUCCUACUUUUCUUACCCGCUAAAAUGCCCGCAGUUUCUAGAAUGUUAUAUUCAAUGAAAAUCGCCGUGGUUAUCGUGGGUUAUCCCGCUACUCCUUUAAGUAGUGCCAGAGUUAGAUUGUGUCUUUCUUCCGCUUUAACUAAAGAAGAUUUGGAUUACGUCUUGACUAAAUUUAGUGAAAUUGGUGAUUUAAUCUAUUUGAAAUUUAGUAGUGGUAUCGCUGGUGGCUCUAAAAUUCCUGGUGAACCUCCAAGAUGGUCUAUCGAAGACGUUCUUGCUCACAACGUCGAAGAUACCAAAAAGGCUAAACUUUUUUGAUUCUUGUUGAAACACUAUAAAUGCUCUAGAUCUGAAAUAGAACUGGACCGUUAUAAAACCUAAAAAACAAAAAAAGCAAAAAGUUUAAAAGAGAAAAAAAU